AUGGAAGAUACUGGAGCUGGGCGGUGUAGUGUCAUCUACUAUUGUCCAGCCAGCGCCCACGGCCUUGCAGAACUGCACCACCAUGCGAGUCCGCCCGCGGUGACGUUGGACGACGAGCGCAAAGGCUCGUCGCUGAAACAUGUCUACAAUAAUGUGCGCCGCCUGCUGGACGAGGAUCAGGGCAAUUUCGAGCAAGUAUUUGUGACUUCCCACGCCGAUAAGUGCAUCGAGACCCUCGAAGUCUUCGCCAAGGCCUCUCCCACAGCUGUACUGGUCGAACUCGACAGCACGGCCCCCGAUGGCAUCCAGCACAGCGCGCUGUCACUCUUGCGCCACCUCAAUGCCGAUGUGCAAAGCUCGCGCUACCCACAGCACGUAAUGCCAUUCGUGCUCCUGGCAGCCACUUUGACGACUGAACCAUUCGAGGACACGGACGCAAUCUACGAAAGCAUUCAACUGAAUGCUGGCGCCAUUGACACUAUGCGCAGUCCCUUAUGCUCGGAAGCCAUCAACCAGCUUGUGGGCCACGUUAGAGAGAUGACUCGGCCUUCUGCGCACAGCCUUGGCUCUGGCAUGGCGCGAGCGCUGGUGCAUCAUAUCACGAAUCGCUCAAGCCCUCGCCUUGCGUCUCAUCGCCCCGACGAAGUACUGUCCGCUCAGCGCAAGGCCGCUGUCGAGGAGGCUGUCGGGAAGUGGCAAUUUCCCGCGCAUGAGUUCGAUAUGGACGAGCUUACGUACGGCGCUUUGUGCAUGUUGGAGCACAUCCUGCGGAAACCGGACUUGGAGCAGUACAGAUUGCCACGACCCCAGCUAAUGACGUUCUUGUUGGCCGCGCGACGAGAGUACAAGCACGAAAGGGAAGUGCACUACCACAACUGGCGGCACGCAGUCGAUGUGACGCAGUCAUUAUACUGCUUCCUCUGCGACAUCCGACUAUGCCCCCCGUCUGCAGCGAGAGCAGCUACGCAACAUAAAGAGGUCAACCCUCUGGAAUCAUUGUUGUCCCCCUUGGACGCACUGAUACUUCUUGUAUGUGGUGUGGGCCACGACGUCGGGCAUCCAGGUGUAAACAAUGCUUUUCUGGUGGCAUGCAAUCACCAGCUGGCGCACAUGUACAACGACAAGUCCGUCCUGGAGAACUACCAUUGCGCGGCAUACUCACAACUCAUCCGACGACAUUGGCCGGCGCUUGGUAACAUCACUCGCUUUCGCUCGACCAUGAUCUCGACGAUCCUAGCUACGGACAUGCAGCGACAUUUCGAGUACAUGGGAUAUCUCAACGAGCUCAAGCAGAAGGUCGAGAAGAGUGAUGCUGAUCUGGAUGAGUGGAAUGAUAAGGACCGGGAGCAUGCUCGCGAUCUGACGAUGGCACUGCUCUUGAAAGCUGCCGAUAUCUCCAACGUCGCUCGUCCAUUCGACAUCUCGGCACAGUGGGCGAAGAUAUUGAUGAAUGAGUUCUCACGGCAGGGCGAACUGGAACGCGAGCUGCAGAUCCCGACUUGCCUUUUCGGCGGUCCUCCAAACAAAGAGGAUCUGCUAGCUGCAGCACAGAGUCAGAAAGGUUUCAUGAAUCUUUUCGGCUUCCCUCUGUUCCGCGGCAUCUCGGAGGUCAUGCCCAAUGUUUCCUGUACGAUACCCGAGCUGGAAAACAACAAUAAUGUUUGGGAGCACAGGAUAACAGACGAGAAGGCCAGGCGUGAGGCUCACGGCGACGGACGACGGUCACCAAGGACAUAUGGGUCAGUGACGGAAGCCGAAGUCGAGGAGGCGCGAACUCGAAAAAGGGAAUCAGAACCUGCAGCCGUACCAAUGGAGGCGCCAAUGACCCCAAAUUCGGUAUCAUCUAACAAGCGACAGCCAAGCCUGCAACCCGAUGGCACCCCUAACAGGCAUCCUGCGAACAAGGAACGAUACCGCCUGCAGUUCGGUGUGCCAGCCGCCGGCGAGGACAAAAGGGCAUCAACCCCUGUGCUGUGGCCAAGCAGCUUGCAGCUGUCGCCCACUGGCGGGGCUAGCAGGCGAUCGAGUAAGGAUGUUGCACUAAAUCAGCUGCAAGACCUGAGUGCGUUUGCACAGCACAAUCUCGCGGCUGCAGGGUCGAGGAGAGGAUCUGCGGAUGCUGGAUGGCAGAUGCAUCAGAAUUAUACCGGGUCGAGGAGAGGGAGCAAAGAAGAGAGUCUCACCACUAUCCUGGUUACUAGCCAGGGCAGUUCGUCGCCACGCAGUGUUCCUGCUUCCCCUCGGCUUGGUAAGCCAGCGUCGCCUGGAAUCAGCGUUGGCGUCGGAAAAAGGCAAAGCAUAACAAAGCACGCAGCUGGUGCACCUCGACACUCGGUACCUUCAUCGACAUCCCAGACCACAGCAUCGGUGGCUGCCACGACCGAAGUGUCAUCGCCAUCUACACAGCGUUCUUCACUCACACCAACAGACGAUGACGUGACGCCGCCCGCGCAGCACAACAAUGCCAUUCUCGAUGGCGACACGGAAAGUUUCGCUCACUCGAACGAGUAUCCGCAAGAGCUUGAUGGUAUGCAUCAUAACUCAGCGCCGGCUGCGUUUCCUGGCACGCCUCCCGCUGAUGAGGAAGCGGUCACAUCGGUGACCAAGGCCAGCUGUCCGCAGAUUAUGCCGCGGACGGCCAGUGGCGACUCGGCACUGUCUGCGCUCGAGAAACGUCAAUCGGAUCCUCAGAUCCGGCAGUCACGAAGUCGCAGCAGACUACGAGGCCUGAAGUUCUGGAAGCGACGAAAAGAUCCAUCAGGCAUUGAAGGCGCAUCCGUGGAGUCCAAUUCUCCUUGA